CCAUCAUCAUCAUCAUCAUCAUCAUCAUCAUCAUCAUCCCUGUUUCCUUUAAGUCCUCAGAUGUGCGACUUGAACCGUCGGCGGACCCGGAGGCCUGAUUCAUGUUAACCACACAUGUUACUAUGCGGAUAAAGAGAUAAAUAAACCCCCCGGUUGAUGAAGUUCGAGUUCAGUUACAGAGGGUGAAGUGGAGAUGUUUGCUGUUGACUGAAGUCCAGUUCCGAGAAACAAAAUGAAGAGGAGGCUGCUUCGUGGUUUCCUGUCGGAAAUCUCUAUCCGGAUGGCGCUGCUGGUGGUGUUCCUUGUGACGGAGCAGCUUCCUCCUUUCUACCGUGAGAUCCAGGCGGAGGAGAUGUGGCUGUAUAAAUUUCAUCGUGUGGAGAGAGACCAUGUACCCACAUCUCUAAUGUUUAGUGUGGCGGUUUUCACUCCGCUGAUCAUAAUCUUGGUUUUCACCUUCCUGAAGAAGUCUGAGCGAGGAGACCUGAAGGAGGCGUCGCUGGCUGUGACUCUCACUCUGGUGCUGAACGGAGUUUUCACCAACGUCAUCAAACUUGCUGUCGGCAGGCCACGACCAGACUUCUUCUACCGCUGUUUUCCAGACGGUCAGAUGAACCCGGAGCUGCGCUGCAGCGGUGACCCAGAUGUCGUCAUGGAGGGCAGGAAGAGCUUUCCCAGCGGACAUUCAUCCUUUGCUUUUGCAGGAUUGGGCUUCACAGCGUUGUACAUCGCAGGAAAGCUGCGCUGCUUUAAUGCAGCAGGUCAAGGCAGAGCGUGGCGGCUUUGUGCCUUCCUCACCCCUUUACUGGUGGCGACUGUGAUCGCCCUCUCCAGAACCUGCGACUACAAACACCACUGGCAAGAUGUGUUAGUGGGCUCUCUGCUGGGUCUUUCGUUCGCCUGGCUGUGUUACAGACAGCACUACCCUCCACUGCAGGACCCCGACUGCCACAGGCCUCUGCGUCACAGAGAGAGCAUCCCCGCAGCACAGGAGCGAAAGCUGGCCAACUCCAACUACAUCCUGCCCCUGUAACAAGCUUGAUUAUACUCUUUACUGGUGUCAUUUCUAAGGGGGUUACCUGGUGAUCCUUCAAACUCUGGUUAUCACAUCCUUAGGGCUGGGCAGUAUAUCAGUAUUAAUAGUUUAUCAUUGUAACUGUAUUGUGGGGAUUUUCUUUCUGUUUGGUGAUACAUGACACAAAAACUAAAAUGACACUUUUCUCCUAAACGGUUUCUAAGACAUUUGAGAGUCGCCAACAAUAACAAAAAAACAUUUUAACGGCAACUAUUAAAAGUUUUGGUGAAUAUCAUGACAUUUUUUCCCAUCUGGCCCAGCCCUACUGUACACACCCUGUGUAUUGUGCCUAUAGAACACAUACAUUUAAAUACUUAAAACAGCUGAGCAGGUCGACUACACAAGCACUGCACUAUAAAGUUCACUGCCCGUCAGUCUCUGGCUCAGCUGCUGUGAAACGGUUUGUCAUGUAGGUUCACUACUUCGUGAUUGUUUUGUAAACUUGCAAAUAUUUCAAAAAAGCAGGGUUGAGACUCGAGGAGGGAAGAAGAUAAUCUAAGUUCACACAUCUGCUUACUAGUGAUUCAGAGACUCCAGCUGCAUGUCGACUUCAGACGUCUGCGAACACGAGACGAAACGGUCGACUGGGAAGAAGCGAAAGUCAUCGAGCAGGAGUCAGCGAACGGCCGGAGAAAAAUCGAGACAUGAGAGAUCAUCUUUAAACAGAGGCAGUAGUAACGGUCUUUACCAUCAUUUACAACUAUCGCACAACUUUACGUCACACAGUUAGACCUGAGUCUGAUGCACUCUCUGAAGAAGACCAUGAGAUGAGGAUGCAUCAUUUGAUCGGUAGAAGACUUUAUCAAGACAGCUUCUUCAUCUACAUAAGAAACAAUAUUCAUCAGUUAUAUUGUCUCAGUGACUCAGUUUUUAGCACCACAGCAACCCCAUGUCUCAUGUCACCUCACGUAGAAAUGGUCUAAAUUAGCUCCACACAGAUUUUAAAUUUGAGGGACAAAGAAAGCCUAAGUUGGGGUGUCAGAAGAGAAAAAGUCAGAUGGGUUCAUGUCUACCACGACAUGCAGUUGAAACCUCUGAAUCAUUAGUAAGUGGACCUUUAAAAUCCUUCACCGGUUUGUAUUUUGGAUGAAGAAACCCGGUGAAGUCGAGUCAUCAAAGUGGGCUGUUCAAGUCUAAAAUUUGGGUUGGGCAGAAUGGGUACAGUCCUUUUUAUAAUACUGUCAUUUUAAAUCACAAUAUCAGUAUCUAUAUAUUGUGAUACAAUCAAUCUUUUAGAAAAUCAAUUAAGAAAUUGUUAAAUGGAUAAAAUAACCAGACGAGGAUGUCCGUUUUGGGGGCUCAACAGCUUGGUCAGCAUCACAUCUUUGAUCUCUUCAGUUUCGCUCUACUGUCUCCAUCUCGAGUGCUUUAAAUCUCUUCGUCUUCCUAUAUUCAUAUUUUGAAUGUCAACCGGUUUCCAUUCACAUAUUAAUGGAUUGAUAAUUAACAUCCUGAUGUAGCAGUUACGCUCGACUCGUGGUUUUUUGCAGUGCCUGCUGUACUUAUUUAUGACUCUAAAAAAAAAAAUGACUGUAAGAGAGGAUAAAUGUGUUUUUCAGUGGUCUCAGGCUUACUGUAGGUCUGGUUUCUGUUACUGCACACUGGCUCAGCGGCCGACCCGAUCAAACAAAGUGAGAAUGUUCAGCGGAGAUGAGAAGUCACAGGGGUUGUUUAUUUUUUGUUUAUUCUUUUGUUUUUUUUGGACAGUAGAUCUUGCUGGUGAUGAACCUGAGUGAGGUCAGACUGUAGCCUCUCCAGGUGAUGGUGCUAGCCUCACAGUGCUCCUGCUGGUCAGGUUUUCUAUCCUGUUAAUAGUUUUAUUAUCACUUUAGUGGUAAAGUUUGUUAAUUUUUCUUUGAUAGAUCAAAUUUAAUUGAAACGAUAAAGUCUGUUUUAUUUACUUCUGAUGUGUUUCAUGUUAUGUUACAGUUUCAUCCUUUAAUUACGGCUGAGUCGUUGGUUUGAAAUUUGAUAGAAUGCGUCAAAUUUUACGCAGAAAUUAAGCUAAAGGAGCGUCAUUGUGGUUUUUUUUGUUUGAAACCAGCCAAAGUUUUGCAGGGUCAAAGCACUUUUUGUUCGUCGUCGUAGUAAAUCCAGCUUAAAUCUGACUGGAUUGCAGCGGUUUCAGACCAAACUUGGCAGAAAAAAACCUGGUAAAAAUGUGUGCCUUUGUUUACUACAUUAAUUCUUAGCUCUCUGUUAAUGAAUGAAGUAUAUACUGCAUGUAACAGUGUAUGCUCUCCGUCAUGUCGUCCACACCACUUUGUUCUGUACGUUUUUACGUUUGUGUAUAAGAUUCACUUUGGGAAGAUAACGAUGUUUAAAUGUGGCAUGCUGCCUUUUCUUUACCUCAGUGGAAAAAAAACAUUACUUUUCAUUUAUUUCACUGUUGUUGAAGUUUAACAGACAAAUGUGAAUAUUUCUGGUUGAACAAGUGUAACAUUUACAUCUGAGGGAGUAGCAAAGAUGGGGAAAAGAACUUCACUUUCUACACAUCUUUGAGAGAAAUGAUAUCUUAAUUUACUUUGCCAGUCUAACAGGUAUUUAUGAGAUGAUGUAUAGCUGUUGUAUUUAAUUUUUGGGGCAUGUGGGAGUUUACUUGAAUUUUAAAUAUGUGUUUGUUUACCUUAAAUGUGAUAAUGUUAUUUCAUGAGAGUAGGAAUCAUACUUGUGGGAACAUGGGGUGGGUUUGAGUAGAUUGUUAACCAAUAAAAGUUAGACUCUGCUGCAUUUUGAUAAAAAACCCUGCAUGUUUUCACAUCUUAAGAGCCACAUAUUUCCCUUGUCACUUCUUUCUCGAUGUUCACAGAGUGGGAUGCAAAAUCCCCACAUUUCCAUCCAUUUUCUGUUGUGAUUUCCAGUAAGUUCCAGUAAGUUACUCCAGUAAGUAACCCGAUCAUGUCUCUGGUGUCCCUCAGAUGUACGGUCGUGUCAAAGGGAUGAUACCAAAACUUUGCUUUGUUUCUGUCACGCUCAUCAUUUGCCUUGGCUUUGUAGGACCACAUAUAGCAGCCGCUCAUGCUGACACAGUAUCCUGAUUGUAUAUGUUGUGAUGCUUUUAAUGAAUCUUUUGGUGACACUAAAAUGAUGUUUCUAAAUAAUCCUGCAACACACA